GACGCGGAGGCUCGGAGGGGCUGGUGAAUAACAGAUGCGGGUAAAAGAGCCAACCAAAGUUUUACCUGAGAAAGCCAAAAGAAGUAAAAGGCCCACGAUACCUCAUGAUGAAGACUCUUCAGAUGACAUUGCCGGUUUCACUUGCCAACAUAUAAGUCAUGCUGUCAGUGUGAAUCAUGUGAAAAGAGCAAUAUCUGAGAAUCUGUGGUCGGUUUGUUCAGAAUGUUUAAAAGAAAGAAGAUUCUGUGAUGGGCAGCCAGUACUUCCUUCUGAUAUUUGGUUGUGCCUCAAGUGUGGUUUUCAGGGAUGUGGUAAAAACUCAGAAAGCCAGCAUUCAUUGAAGCACUUCAAGAGCUGGAGAACAGAGCUCCACUGUAUUAUAAUUAGUCUAAGCACAUGGAUUAUAUGGUGUUACGAGUGUGACGAAAAAUUAUCAACGCAUUGUAAUAAGAAGGUUUUGGCUCAGAUAGUUGAUUUUCUCCAGAAACAUGUUUCUAAAACGCAAACAAGUGCAUUUUCCAAAAUUAUAAAACUUUGUGAAGAAAAAUGUGAAACAAAGAAGGAAAGAAAAGGCAGUCGUGUAACAUCUGUGAAAGGAAUUACAAAUCUAGGAAACACGUGCUUUUUCAAUGCAGUUAUGCAGAACUUGGCACAGUCUUACAUCCUCACUGAACUGAUGAAUGAGAUCAAAGAAAAUGGUACAAAACUCAAGAUUUUUCCUUCAUCAGACUCUCAGCUGGAUCCAUUAAUGGUGGAACUUUCAAGCCCUGGACCAUUGACCUCAGCCUUGAUCCUGUUUCUUCACAGCAUGAAGGAAACUGAACAAGAAUCGCUUUCUCCUAAAGCUCUCUUCAGUCAGCUUUGUCAGAAGGCCCCUCGAUUUAAAAGUUUUCAGCAACAGGACAGUCAGGAGCUUCUGCAUUAUCUGCUGGAUGCAGUGAGGACAGAAGAAACAAAGAGAAUACAAGCUGGCAUUCUAAAAGCAUUUAACAACCCAACAACUAAAACUGCUGAUGAUGAAACUAGAAAAAAAAUUAAAGCAUAUGGAAGCGAAGGUGUGAAAAUGAACUUCAUAGAUCGGAUCUUUAUUGGUGAAUUAACUAGCACAGUCAUGUGUGAAGAAUGUGCAAAUAUCUCCAUGGUGAAGGAUCCCUUUAUUGAUAUUUCACUUCCUAUAAUAGAAGAAAGGGUUUCAAAACCUGUACUUUUGGGAAGAAUUAGUAAAUAUAGAAGUUUACAGGAGACACAUAAUGGUCAGUACAGUGGCACUAUUACUAUAGAAAAUACUCAUCAACCCAGAAUCACCAAAAAGCAUUCUUCAUCUAAAGCUAAGAAUCAACUAAUUCAUGGCAGAAAACGUACAAAGAAAUUGUCAUCUGGAGAAGAUAAAACUGUUGUCGUGUACCAGAAAAAUGGAAAUGUUGAAGUGAAUGGGGACUCUUCAGUGUUUGCAGGCAUCAUGGAUACUGACUCGACUCUGACGGAAAACCCUACCGAUGGCAGCGAAAAAGAAGCCAGCCGCUCUGAAAGCAGUGUUGAUGCCGACAGCGAGGCCUCGGAAUCCGAAAGUGCUUCUAAGCAGACCCUGUUGCCGAGAUCCAGCAGUGGCUGCUCUGUGCACACAAAUGGGAAUUACCAUCCAUCAGCAACGGAACCACCCGCCAAGGAGACUGACAGUGGUGAUGAGGGAGUGACUGAAGCUAUUUCUGAACUUCAUUUAAGCAGCACUGUAACUGGAGAUAGAGAUUUUACAGGAGAAAAUCAGGCACUAAGUGUUACAAAUAAUUUAUAUUUUUCAGAGGAGAAGCAUGUGUCUCACAGUCCCCAAAAUGCUUUUCAGACCCUUUCUCAGAGCUAUAUAACUACUUCUAAAGAAUGUUCAGUUCAGUCCUGUCUCUACCAGUUUACAUCUAUGGAGUUAUUAAUGGGGAAUAACAAGCUUCUGUGUGAGAAUUGUACCGAAAAGAAACAGAAGUACCAAAGGGAAAACAGUUCUGCAGAAAAGAAGGCAGAAGGGAUUUAUACUAAUGCCAGGAAGCAGUUGCUCAUUUCUGCUGUUCCAGUUACCCUAAUACUCCAUCUCAAAAGAUUCCAUCAGGCUGGAUUGAGUCUUCGCAAAGUAAACAGACAUGUAGAUUUUCCACUUCUGCUUGAUUUAGCACCAUUCUGUUCUGCUACUUGUAAGAAUGUAAGUGUGGGAGAGAAAGUUCUCUAUGGUCUGUAUGGCGUAGUGGAACAUAGUGGCUCAAUGCGAGGAGGUCACUACACUGCAUAUGUGAAAGUGAGAACACCCUCGAGGGAAUUAUUGGAACAUGUCACUGGAAAGAAAAGUGUACCUGGUUUGAAAGAACCUGAUAGUGAAUCGGCAGGCCAGUGGGUCCAUGUUAGUGACACUUACGUGCAGGAGGUUCCAGAAUCAAGAGCACUUAGUGCACAAGCAUACCUUCUUUUUUAUGAAAGAAUAUUUUAAUCAUUUGUUAAUUAUAAAGGAUAAUGAUUAUUUAGAUCGCUUUUAUUUAAAUGCUGCAGUGGUAACCAUAAUAUGCAAUGUGCCUUUGUAGUCUAUUCUCUUCUGUAGGAAUAGCAUGUCCCUCAAAUGCUCCUAAACAUAUUUACCAUUUUGGUGAAUCCUUUUAAAGUAAAUUAAAUUUAGUCAUUGCUUUUAAAUUUAUAUUUUUAAAAUAAAUGUAAACACA